AUGGACCUUGAAGCACCCAUGGGUGAUAUCAGGCACGCAGCCAUGCGCUGUCGAGCUUGGCUGCAGUCCUUGGGCUGGCUGACGCUCGCGAGUGCCGCCCCGAGUGUCGACAUAAAUGACCCGGUGAACCUGGGCACCUGCACCUGCGACCUGACAGAGGGUCAGUGCGACGUGAACUGCUGCUGUGACCCAGACUGCAGUGGUCUGUCGGGUCUGACUGGAAGUUUCAGCUGUCUUCCAGAAGGACCAGUGAAUGCGAAUGCACAGUAUUGCUACUCGAAAAGCUGGUUGCACAGUGUAAAUCCGCGCGUCGAUCUAUGGGUCAUUGCAGAUGAUCUGCGUGGCCUUCUCUGCGUCUCUGUGGACAACAGUGCAGUGCGCGGCGAAGUCUUCCAGAAUGAGGCAACACUGUCAUCCUCGCAGAUCGACGCUGUGAUACAGGAGAGGCAGCGAAGUAGUUCGACGGGCACUGCAGCAGAUGAACAGGUUCUGCGAGGUUAUCGUGCCGGCGACGUGUUGAAGAUUCACUCGGCACUUUCGGCAGCCGGAGAGGUGCUAGCUGUGACAGGCCCUUCGACCCUGGAAGCUGCUGGCAACAUGGAGGUCGUGAGCAGCCUGCGCCUGCCGACAGCUGAUCCUCUGGGCACAUGUGCGGCUCCCGGCCAAGCAGUGAGGUUCCUGAAUGAUGUUCCUGCCGCCGGUUGUUCGCGCAAUGUGGACCUGGCCACAACUUGUACACAGCUCGGAGCCAGGUCUCGCCUGGAAAGCUUUAUGUUGCGCAGCCAGUACAUGCCAGAGGACAUGCGCUGCGGAAGUCGCUGCCUGCUGCCAGAGAUCGUGGCCUCAUGUCCUGCUGGAUCCGCGAAUGGAUCGGCUAGCACCCAGUGCACCGGCAACGCGCUGCCGCUUGAAGACCCGGUGUUCUCAGGAGGUGCUGAUUCCUGCAGCUGCAAGGGUGUCCUCAAGGAUGUGCACUACAACUUCACCUUUGGUUUCGACGAGACUCAGCAAGUAGUACGCAUCACCAACAUGGCAGUCAGCUUUACGCUGCAAGAUGUGGUCAGUCAAGGCUGCCAGGUGGUGAGCUUGCAACAGGGAGGCAGUGUUCACUUCUUCCAGGAGCAGUCGGAUGGAAGCCAGCCCGAGGCUCGAUCUGGCAAUCCUGGUUAUCAGAACGGAUUGCCGUUGCUGGUUUCCCAAUGCCUUGACUUCGACGGCUCCGGCACAUGCUCCAGUUAUGGACCCCGGGUGGAGGCCACAGUGCCUGGUAUCACGAUGGAAGGCACAUGUCGACGUGUGAACAGCAGCGCGGCGGAGCAAGACGAUGCUCGAGUGCCCAUCAACUUUGGAGAAAACUCCAUGUCUGGUUGCACACUGUCUCUGACGAGAGCGGAUCUGGCAGCCUUAUGUCGUGCAGGCGCUGAUGCAGCGACUGGCUUCACUGGCUUGCUGGCAAUGCUUCCUUUCGGUCGCGUGGAUCUCAGAAGCACUUUGUCGGGGCCAAGCUUCUUGAUCUGGAAAUCGAUGGACGCAAAUUGCUGCGUUCGGCAGUGUGCCGACUUCAGCGCAAGAUCCAGCGGACUGGGUCCAGGUGGAGGAGCUGACCAGGAUUUGCCAGCUCUAAUGCCUGCGAAGCACCGCACAUGUGCACUUACACUUGCCGUGAAGACGACACAUUACAACGCAGACAUUUCGGGUUCCAAGUGCGGCAUGGCCGCCGGCUCGGCUAUGUCCGACAGUCGCCAUGUGCAGCAGUGGCUGGUUGCUUACAUGGAGAACUACCAGAAGCCACCCGAGCAUGCCCAGCAGUUGUGUGCCUUUGCUCGACAUCGAGGUGCCCACCUUAUGUACAGAGUCGUGCGGGAUGCGAUGCUGGGUCUGACCACAGAAAGUGCUCAGAGUACGAACGCUCGGAGUGAUGGCAGAGAGUUUGAUGGUGAUCCAGGAGGGGGUCAUGGUGACGUGGCAACGAAAGGAGGAGAUGCCUGGAAGCCCUGGCUUCCAAUUCCUGUGCUUCGCCGCCUCAGAAGCGAAAUCAAGGGCACAAACAGCGACAGCCGCGACAGCAUCAGGAUGACCAGGAGAGCUCAAUCUGUGCCGAGAUCGUACCGAGGGGUUUCCAGCGAGGGCCGUACCGAAAGCCAGCCCCUUGUCCAGCCGCGUCUGAGCACCCACAUCUUGACAAAGGCAUAUCAAGCCGCAGCGAAGCAGCUUCAAGCUCACGAAGCAGCAGUACGUGCCAGAGAGAGCAUAGAGAGAUUCGGCAAGAACCUGGACCAUUCGUCUCCAGAGCUAACGGUACAGUCAACCUCCUGCAUGAUCUGUUUUGAGAACACGGAAUGCGUUCGAAGUGCUGGCCAACUCUGUGUUGAUAGAGGCUGUGAAGGAUGGUUCUGCAGCUGCUGUCUCGCACAAUAUUUUGAGAACAUCAUUCAGGAGACGCCAUUUGCCGUACCGACCCUGCGCUGCCCGGGCUGCAAGGGUUUCGUGCCGCCUUCCUGCUGGCAAGAGCACGUCGCCAAGGCGGAGACCGUGGAGAAGUGGCAUCAAAACGCUGCAAACCUCUUGUCCUUGCGCUGCGGAGCUUGUGACGAGCCAGGAUCCUUGCUUUUGCCCGGUGUCAAGGCCGAUGACUCCCGGGAAGGCGUGGCAAGGGAGGCCUUCGGCACGCAAGACCCGACGGCGUCAGCAGAGUUGGAGCAGAGUUGGUGUCAGUAUGAAAGAGGAGAGAUGAGCGCGGCCAGUCUCCUUGACGUGCUGCUCAGUGUGUGGCAUCCCGGGUACGAAGACCAGGCUGAUCGGAAUGGGUUUGCGCCCGGCAAGUUUUGGGACCGCUUCUCGGCUGCUGCUAACCUCAUCGAGGAUGCCGGACUCCGAGCAGUUUUGCAGCUAUCCGUGCUGAAGAGAUUUCCCAAGACAGCAACGCUUUGCUGCAAUGAGCCGCACUGCUUCAAGUGCAAAGUAACGACCCACCAUGAAGGCAUGAGCUGCGAGGAGGUGCUUGUGCAGCAGUCCGAGGUUGAAGAUGGGGUGCAGUUCUGUCCAAGCUGCGGCGUUGCGACCAUGAAGAGCGAAGGCUGCAAUCACAUGAUAUGUCUUUGUGGUGAGGACUGGACCUGGGAUGGACCUGAAGAUUAG